ACAACAAAAACAAUAAUAAAUUAGAAUUUGACAUUCGAAUAUUCGAUUCGAUUGAAAUGUAAAUAACCGAAUCGAUAGAAAUAGGAAAUUCAAUUGGUAUAGUGGGAAUAGUUUGUUUUUUUUUGUUUUUUUUUGUUUUCGUUUGUAAUACAGGAAAAGAAAAAUGACAAGCAAUAAUAAUAAUGGUGGUCAUUGUAGUAAACAAUUGAUAAAAUGUGAAUAUUGUCCCGAACAAACACCAUUGAUUGAAGAUUAUCAUGCUGGUGAUAUGAUAUGUUCUGGUUGUGGUCUUGUUAUUGGUGAUCGUAUUAUCGAUGUUGGUGCUGAAUGGCGAAAAUUUUCCAAUGAUCAAGUGAAUAAAUCACGUGUUGGAUCAUUAGAUAGUGAACUAUAUGAAUCGAUGAAUUUAUCAACAUUUAUAUCGAAUCGUCCUAGUUGUACAUCACAUCAACAAAAUACUAAAAAUGAUUUGAAUGAUGAUCAAUCCACUGAUGGACAAUUCAUAGAAAAUCCUUAUAUACGUCGUGAUCCAACAAGGCCAUAUUAUAAUAAAAAAUAUUUAAACAAUAAUCAACGUGCUAUAAUUGUCGGUUUUAAAGAUAUUGCCGAAAUGGCUGAAAAACUACAGACAACACGUCCGGUGAUUGAAAGUGCACAAAUGUUAUUCAAACAAAUGAAAACUAAUUUGAAUAUAUUUAAAUCCUGUAACAUACAUAUGCCAUUAGCAUCGGCAUGUUUAUAUGUUGCAUACAGGAAUCAGAAUGUACCACGAACAUUUAAAGAAAUCUGUGCCGUUUCUAAAGCAACUAAACGUGAAAUAGCUAAAUGUUAUAAAAUUAUAUCGAGAGAAAUUGGCCAAACAAUUUUACAGGCAUCGGUUAUUGAUUAUAUUCCACGUUUUGUAGCACAUUUAGGUCUUUCGAAUAGGAUUGAAAAAUGUGCAAAAGAAUUUAUACCGAAUAUUGAAUCAAUUUUAUCCGGUCGUAAUCCAAGCACAAUUGCAUCAUUGGCCAUUUUGUUUGCAAUUAUAGUGACCGGAACAAGUAUAGAACAGAAUCAAACAAUGGCGAAAACAAGAACCACCGUUUCGACAGAAAAUAACAACAAUAGUAAUGAUUGUAAAUGUUGUACCGGAAAAAUGACACAAACAAUUCGUAGAAUAUCAGAGGUAACCGGUGCAGCGGAAACAACCAUUAAAGAAGUUUAUCAUAUUGCUAAGAAUAAUAAAUAUAAGGAAUUAUUUCCCGAUGUUUUUAAUUCACAAGAAUCGAAAUAAAUAUUAA